AUGGAGCACACGGUGGAGGCUCUCACCCACCGCCAGCCGGCCGCCACGUUCGAUAAUGCGAGCAUGUGGCACAACCUCACCUCCUGGACAUCGUUCAACGUUUCCAGAUAUGCUCCCUCCUUGGAGGAUCUCGUCCUGGCUGGCCCUCGAAUGGUCAUGAAGCUCGGGAAGCUCGGCGGCUCUUAUAUUUCCUUCCCCGAUGCUAUAGACGGCUUCGGCCAACGGGUCGUUCCUGAAGCCACCGAUUCGGAUAUAUUCUCUACGACUCCUCCCGGUUCCGCCAGUAUCAUCUCCACUGGAUCCAGCAUUGCCUCCGCUGCUCCCUCUAACCUCGCCGAACUAGACCCGACCGCUUCGGUAUAUCGAUUCUCGAUGGAGGGUGCAAAGGGCAUAGGGAGCGUGUUCAGCUACGCCACGAGCAAGUGGGCGCUUUGCUGUAUCGCGAUGGCAGUGGUUCUGAACAGAACACACAUCUUUGCCGCCACUCGACGGCGUCUGCGACUUAAAUGGCACACCCGCUUGAUUCUACGAAUUGCGCCUAUCGUUCUCUUCUUUAUACAAGCUCGGAGCAUACUGCAGUCCAUACAAUGUCAAACCUCGGCUGACUUUUCCGAGCUACGAUGGGGGAAUGCAAGCAAGAGUUCGGACCUUAUGUUCUCGCAACACAACACACUGCUCCACGGCGUGAGCUCCACGCUACUCUUUGGUGCCACGGACGAGGAGUCUUGCCUAGCUGUGCAAAUGAUACCGUCGGGUUACGAGGAGUCACCGGAGCUUAAGGGCUCUCUGUCUCUGCUAUGGCCUCUCUUCGGCACCUUUUGUCUCAGCCAGAUACUCGAGACUAUAUCAUGUGCCGUUCAAGGACGGCCAGUGUCUGCUGAGACUGGUAUGACGCUCUUUGAGCAUUCCCUCGCAUUUGCUGAGGCCGAUGCUGCUAUCAGCAAUCAGCUCGGAUGGGGUUUGUUCAGUUCUGGGGCUGCAAAUGCCACGUCGAAGGCGAGUGCUGGUGCAAACAUUGCCAUAAGCCGAUCGAUGAUCAUGAAAAGAGUCAACACUCCUCCUGAAGUCUUGCUGAUCGCCUUCUUCUCGGCGAUGAGCCAUAUCACCAGUCAUAUCCUCGGGGUAUUCGGUAAGCAGGCAAGAUUUCGCCUGAUAAGUACAGGGCUGUGGGCGUCAUGUUUCAUGGGAAGCCUUGUUUGGAGCGCCAUCACAUUCUCCUUGGAAGAUCCCUCCCGGCAAGGGCUACUCAGGUACCCUACCGUGUGCAUCAUCGGCUUCAUACCACAUGUGCUGGUCUUGGUUGGCAUCAUAAUUUGUUUCACAAUCUACUCUGUGGCACUUGUGUUGUCUGCUCUGGCGACACCUGCAGAUGCAGACUCGGGACAGCAUCUAGCAUUCAAGCAACGACUGGCACUCGCGCAUGCCAACAUGCAGGCGAAUCUCUCAUUUUCGGACCUGCGGAUUACGAUGGAGAUGGACUUCUACACCGCAUUGCUCCGGACUGGAUUUGGUGCCAUCACAAUGGCCUCUGAAGCUGUCUACCUCAAUGAAGACAGGCAAGUGGGUCUCAAGCGUACGACGUGGCUCGAAGAUGAGCGGUACCGAGAGAUUGAAGAACUGAAAAUGAAUUGGAUGAGCUCUGGUGUUCCAGGAUCACGGUACGACUCAACAGGUGUCAUAGGGCUCGUUCCUGUCAAGGACGGGCAGCUCAGGGCAACGAGUGGGUAUGCUCGCGAGAGGGCUGCUCAGAAGCUAUCGAAGUCCCGGGCUGGUGAACGCCGCAGCAUACGAGACGGGGUCGGGGCGGCAGAGCGCAGCGGACGCUGGCUACUGGCUCUGGACUACUUGAUGCACAUCAACAAACUGGUUCUCACGACUUGGGCGAUGGCAGUAUGCAAGGUGCUUGCUAGUGUCGGGGUCCAGAACCCACCAAACUGGCUUAAGAAUUGGUCGAGGCUUCCGAAAUCUGGCCGCCCGGAAGAGAAACGUUCAAGGAGCGGCAGGCCGUACGAGGCCAUCAUCGCAGGAGAAGGCUCCAUUGGCCUCACCGAGAUUCAUCGUGCUGAUACUGUUGACGUGGAGCAAGAGCUUCGACAAACGUACAACGACAGAGAGGCCUGGCCUGAUGAAAGUGCACGUGAACGCUGGAUGGAUAAUAAGUUGUAUCUUUGGUGGCUGUAUGGAGGCUGGUGGGGGACCAAAGACAGAAGCGGCGACUAUCGGCCAACAGCAGAAGAGGAAGACUCAGAUUGGGAUGCCACAAGUGUAAUCACGACAGCCGAGUCCGAAGCGUCAACAAACGAUGACAACGAAGACGACUGGGAAGACGACGACGGCCAACGAACACCAACACAGCGAUCCCCUUUCACAUCCAGAGAAAGCACACCUGUUUUUGACAACCCCAUACAACCGUCUGAUCUCGCAGCCCUUCUCCACCCCCGCAGCUCCGAAGAGCGAAAUCAAGCACGUGCGCUCGCCGCACACCUUGGCUCAGAUCGUAUCCUGACGCGGUCGGGCUACCGACGACUCGAGCAGGCUCAGCGCUCACGCGUGAUUUUCCCAGGUCAGCACGCGCACACCAUCAAGAAGAUGACAGCCGAAGAGGAGGCGGAGGUACUGGAGCAGAUUCUGCUGGAACGCCGGGCCGCGGCGGCUCCAGAUGACGGGGGCGCCAGCGCGGGAUCAUGGGCCACGGGGGCGUCGGGCAUGGGGCCCGAUGGUCCUCAGUGCGUGGUAUGCCACAGCUCGCCGCGCACAAUCAUCGUAUGGCCAUGCCGGUGCCUGAGCCUGUGUGACGACUGCAGGGUGGCGCUUGCGAUGAAUAACUUCGACAAGUGCGUCUGUUGCCGCCGGGAGGUCAUCAGCUUCAGUCGCAUCUACGUGCCUUGA